AAUCGGGCCGCCGUUCGCGAAAACGUAUUCCGCCUUCGUUCCGGUCUUCAUCGUCCACUCGAUAGAGCACAAACGCGGGUUGUUUCGCCGACGGGAAAUAAACGCCACAAUGCCGGCCGUGAUCUAGAAACCUGUCCCAUACGGAAGUUGAGCUCACGUGUGCACGAGACGUUGUGGGGUGUCGUAUGCCAGUCGGGGACUGUGUAUCGGUCUCGCUGGCGUCACUGAUGGGUAAAAGUGUCCUCGCCGAGGGAGGAGUGACGAUACACAAAAAUCGAGAACGCGCCAUUACGACGACGACAAGGACUCUAUAUGAGACAACUCUGCAAUCCCGUCAACCCUUAAUGUCUCCAUCGUGAGCCUACGGCAGCUGCUCUACGCGCGAGGACGCGGGAUCCUACGGGACUCGGAUCGACGUGGUGAGAAACGAGUGGUUAAAGAUAAGGCUAAAAACGAUGGGGGUGCCGGACGUGGAGCAGGCCAAGAAGCGACUCCAAGACAUAUUGAGGCGGGCGCAGAAGCUGGAGAUACCGACGCAGGAAGUGAUCUCGACGAGGACGGCGCGUAAACUGCUCGCGAGAACGCGCAAUGUCCUGGCAUGGACUAUCUGGAUCGGAGUGUUCGUCGUCCUGCUCAGUGGCGUUGUCUACGCUCGUUGGCCCACACGACAGGACGUGGAGACCGUCAGGACCGUGCUGAGGCGAACAUGUUCAGGUGCAGCUUCGGGCGAUUUUUCGGAACGAGUAGCAGCGCUUCUACAAUCGUCCUCGACUCAAGACGACUGCUAGUAAUGCGCUCUAUAACACGUGACGGCCCUUUCUUCCCUGGUCCAGCAUGUCGACGAAAGGAAGAAAGAGGAAAGGUAUCAUUCGAAGGGAGAAAUAAUCCGACGCGAGCGGCGCGUUCUAAAUGAUUUUUGUCGAGCUAAUCUAUAAGCUUUAAAACACGUUCCGAGGCAGCGUCUCUACUUUAGGCUUAAGGCUCACUCUCUUUUUUUUGUGCGGACGAUGCUGCAGCAUGACGACAGUGGAACAUAUGGAAAUGUCGCAGGCAAAAAUUGUCAGAGCCAAACGCGACUUUCACGAGACUUCGCGUGAAAUGGAAUGGUUCCCUCUCGAGACUCUUUACUUCGUAUUAUUUUCGUGAGAAAAUUAUUCCGGUCCUCGCAUCGAUAUUGUUACAUGCAAAUUAAUUUUUAACGCCGCAAAUUGUAUUUAUGCAACGCGAUUAUAAGCACAGCAAGAUUAUUGCGUGUAAAAAAUUUAAUAAUUUAUUUCUGUGAAAAAAAUUACCUAUUCUUAAACCAGCAAGAUUAAAUAUGAUCAAUUUCAUAAUUUAUGUGUUAAACAUCAAUUCUUUAUUUAGAAUCAUUGCUUAUUUUAUUUUUAUUAGAAGAGGUCUAUUUAAAAAUCUAAGGGGAUUCAACAUAUAAUUGGCAACUUACACUCAGUUCAGAAAAAAAAAUGAAGUGAUGACCUCGUACUACAAAUGCAAACAAAUUUCACGGAAAUUCCCUUGUAAUAGAAUUCUAUGUGGCCCAUGACAUAGCUAACACUCGUAUCCAUGUAUCUACAACGUCGAGUAACAAGGUCCACGAGUGAGAGGUGCGCGAGGAUAAUGUCCGGUCAAAGUUUUCUACCGUUGGAAAAGCGACGAGUGCGUGAAUAGUGUGCGUGUGUUUGUCUGUGUGUGUACCCACACCGUGUGUGCGCGGAGAGGUCGGGAAAUGUGAGAGAUAGUUUCGAAAGCGCGGUGGGUGGGUGUCGGAAUGGCGGUGAUCUUCCUGGUGAGGGCGCAGGCGUUAAAUUUCCAGAUAGCCCCGGCAAAUAAGUGCCGCGUAGAUAAGCGCGGAAAAACCAUGCCAACCUGGGGGUUAGGGAAACGGGUAGGGAAAGGGGAUACUUACGGAUACUGGAAAAAGCGAAAAGAGAGCCACGCCGUGAAAACGGGCGCGAUAAUGGCGCGGAAAUGGUGUCGGCAUACGUAGCGAACGAAAAGAAAGAGCGACGCCGAAAUUACGAGUCACCCAGUAUGGGAGAGGAAGCUCUGUCUAGAAUUAGGCAAUUAGGAUCGUAUCCAGGGAAAAAUCGGUACGUAAUGAUUCAAGAAGUUAUCAUCUCAGAAAGAGAAAGAUAAUUAGAUAAUUAUACAAAUAUAGCAGCAUUAAUUUGAAGAAUUAAUGUAAUAGAU